AGAGUCGGGAAAAUGAAGCGAGAAGGAGGAGCUUCGGCACAGAGAUGACCUCGGGCUCCCCUUGAGGGGCCUUUCCUCAGGUGUCCUCGUCCUCAGUGUGACAGGAACGGUGCCAUCUGGGCACCAGAGUGCAGGUGGGAAUGACACACCCAGCAGUGUAAGAGGUGUCACCAAAUGGGUCAGACCUGCAUUGCUCUUCCCAAGUUCCCAAUUUAUUCCCAAAGCCCGGUGUGUCCAUCCCCCGCCCGGCCAUGUGGUGGUUCCAGCAGGGCCUGUCCCUCCUGCCCGUGGCCCUGGUGGUGUGGUCAGCAGCCUCCUUCCUGCUCUCCUACGUCACUGCCACCGUCCUGCACCACGUGGACCCCCUGGUGCCCUACAUCAGCGACACAGGGACGAUUCCACCCGAAAGGUGCCUGUUUGGAAUCAUGUUGAACAUUUCCACCUUCCUGGGGGUGGCCACCAUGUACGUGCGAUACAAGCAGGUGAGUGCCCUGAUCCCAGAGAAUUCCAGGAUGCUCCGGCUCAACAGGAUCGGCCUCGCCCUGGGCUGGGUCAGCUGCUUUGGCCUCUGCAUCAUCGCCAACUUCCAGAAGUGCAUCCUGUACUACAUCCACGUGCUGGGGGCCUGCCUGACCUUCGGCGUGGGAGCCAUUUACAUGCUGCUGCAGACCAUCCUGUCCUUCCGCAUGCAGCCGCAAUUCCACGGCAAGGGAAUCUGCUGGGCACGCCUGGCCGUGCUGCUCUGGAGCGCCUGCAGCAUCUGCAGCAUGUUCGUGUCCUCGGUGCUGCUCUCCAGUGGCCUCUACGGACCAGGCCUGGUGCAGAAGCUGCACUGGGACCCCCAGGAGAGGCUCCCAGAGCAGCUUCUCCCACUGCUCUCCCUCUCCACAGGGAUACACCCCCCACAUGGUCAGCACCAUCUCCGAGUGGUCCUUGGCCUUCUCCUUCCUCAGCUUCUUCCUCACCUACAUCCGGGACUUCCAGGAGGUGUCCCUGGGGGCCGUGGUGACGCUGCAGGGCCAGGCCCCGUCCCCGCCGGGCUGGGGGCAGGAGGAGCAGGGGCUGCUCUUCCCAGGGAGCGUCUGAGGGAGCUCCCGGAGCUCAGGAAUUCCUCCCGGAGCUGAGCAAUUCCCCCGGCAGCGGCAGCAGCGACACCUGCGGGCAUUGCUGUGUCCCCAGGCCAGGGUGGCUGACGGGACUUUGCUGUCCUUGGCACCGGGGGCGUCACUUUUUACCCUCCAGCAACACCAAACGUGGCCCGAGCCGGGCACGGUCCUGACAUUUCUGCCCCAGUGAAGGAUUAAAUGAAGGGUAUUAACGA